AUAGACGAUUGUGUGAAGCACUCAUACUAUUAAGAUGAUGGAGUCUGUCAUUUCAACAACUUUCCGUUGUUCCUAUGUAAAGCGAAAACGAUCACAACAUUUCUGAAAACAUGAUAUACGUGUGUGUGAACAAAGGUGGGAAACCACUGUGCUCUAAUGUGAAACACGUGUUCGAUGAUCGAUUCUAUCGAACCACCAGACUUCGAGUGUGACCACGUGUGUGGACAUGGAAUGGCUAACGUCCACUAUAAAUACGGUGGAGUGAUGAAUGCAGUCAACAAUCGAGAAACGCACACAUCAGACAAUCGAGAAUCCAACACUCAGUUCUUCAGGAAACCACCACAAUGCAAUUCUUCACUCUCAUCAUGGUUGUAUUGGUCAUAUCGUUCGAAUGUCAGAAACCAGUUUUUGCAGGGGCGUCUAACGAAAUUACUGAUAAAGUUUUGGCCGGUCUUGAUGAUAUCAUCAGUGCAUUUGUGAAUAUACCUGCAAUCAAGAAUGGUGAGUCACAGAAGAACACCAGCGUAUCAGUUGAAGUCUAACAUAUAUCUAGCAACACUUAACAGAAUCAUUCACUUUGUCGUUUUAAUUCUUUAUAGUAAAUACAUAUGUAUUGUUCUGCA